GCUCAUAUUCAGCGCUUAUCUCUCGACUUCGUGCACGUCCGAGCGUCGAAAACGCGCGCGCACGAGUUAAGUCGCAUUUCGGAAUCGGUAUCAUCGGCAAUGCCACUUAAAUCCGCUUUCUGACCAGCGCCGGUUGCAGAAUUGAAGAAAUGCUCGUUUGCGUGAGGAGUACGCGCGUACGGGGGUGAAGUGCAAAUUCAUGACAGAAAGUCGAUUCGUCGAUCGUUCGAACUCGAUAGAUCUGUGAGGAGUUACAAAUUCUGUGCGUAAUUUUGGUUUUUUCGAAAGAAAAUAAAACAAUCGGACCGACAACAUGUUGAAAGAAGUAUUCCUACUAGCAGGUGUAGCUGCUGUGUGCUUCGGUGCCAGUUUAGAUUUGUGUCCUGAAGGAUCCUCUUGUCAUGCAGCUAGCGAAAGAUUGGAGACGACGUCCUUCGAAUUUUUGAACAAAAACACCGAGAAGUACUACAGGUCAAUCGGCAGCUUGAUAAUAACGAAUGCUUCAAUAGACAAAAUCGAUCCUAAGUUGAAGUAUUUGAGAAAUCUAGUUUACUUAGAUUUAUCUUACAAUAACGUUCAAAUCUCAUCCAUUCCUCCACUGCAUAGUUUAAGAACGUUAAUACUGAAAGCCAAUAAUUUAAAAAACAUAAAUAUAUCGCUGUUACCGCAGAACAUCGAACAUUUGGAUCUAUCUGAUAAUUUAUUAAGCCAAAUUCCUAGAGAAUGGAGACUGUUGAAGAAUUUAAAAACGAUAGAUUUAUAUAAAAAUCCUAUUCACUGUGAUUGCAAUAACGUACUGACCUACGAUCAAUUUAUAAAGAGCGAAAUAACAGUACCAAAACCACUAACGUGCUCUUCUCCCUUAAAAUACGCUGGAAAAGAAAUAUCUGCUGUUAACUGUUCCACGGACGAUAUCAUGUUGUACGAUGAGGUCAAAGAAGGAUCCGGAGAUGUAGACAUUUUUGAAGAGACUUCAUCAAAUGAACCCAGUGCUAAAUUAUCAAUCCUAAACGACGAAGAUGAAGAUAUAUUUAUGGAUAAAAAUACAAUUAUUGACGAUGGAAUGGCAGAAGAAGAAGGCAGUGGAGAUGAAGGCAGUGGUUUUGAAAUCCCAAUGCCCGAAUCCGGUGUUUUAGGCUGCAUGGUAAACUGCAGCACUCCUUCACCUCUAGUAGUGGAUCCAGCCGCUUCGCCAUUACCAUCCCUCAAAGAACAAGUCAACAUACUGUGGAACGACUUGAACAUUUUUAAAGAAAAAGAACCCCCCACUGAAGCAAGUACGACAUCGACAUCCGCCGCGAUUCCCAGCUCGUCUUCGACCACGCAUUCCGAUGCUGAACUGAUAGAAACCAACUCGGAAAACACCUCGGCGAAAAUCGGAGAACUUGAAAAAGCGAGCAUCAAAAACAGCAACCAAUCCGCCGUGUACGCCGUAAUCGGCGUGGGCAUCUUCAUAGCUGUGCUAUUCAUGAUAGCCUAUUUCAAAAAGAGGAGCAAACGCGCUCCGAAUAAUCGACGGGAAAACUCCGGUCCCGGCGAAGAAAUGAAGCCGCUGAGCAAACCCGCUAUAAAAGCGGCGAACGAUAAGCCCCUUACGAAUUCUUAUGCGACCCAUCUGCCGGAGCAAACGCCUCUUAUUAACGGCCAGAAUGGUAAAUCGAAAGACGAUGCGCCCAAGUUAACUUCAUUUAUGCCAUUAGCUCAUCCUGAGGUACCGGAUAGAGUGGAAGACGAGGCGCCGCUUCAGAACGGUUCACCCACUGAGGAUGUGGAAAUGCGCCCUAAAUUGCAACCGGAAUUGCUCACGCCCCAGAGGGAAAGGGUUACGAUAAAAGAAGGAGAAAUUCCGGAUUCCAUUCCGAGAACGCCGCUGUUGAUUCACCGCCAGAAAAAUAGCGAGGGUGAAAUUGUUACUACGUUGGUACCCUGAGAGGACUAGUGAUGUUAUACCUCAGUAUUUAUUACCUAGUAAAUACAUUUGUGAUAAAAAUUAACUUAUUCCUACAACGCGGAUAUUGACGCUGUUUUUCGAAAAUUUCCUGAUAUUUUUUUCGACUGUUAUUGACUUUAUAUAUUUAUAUUCGUUGCCAAAGUAACUUCAUCAAUACUUAGUAGUGCACAGUGUACGACGGUUAUUUGUUACAAGACUUUUUGCGUAAAGGGCUAGAGGACACUUUUAAUAAUGGAUUGUGGUGAAAUAUGUUUUAUAUCUUCUUCUAAUUGUAAGCAUGGCGUUUGUCUUAAUGGAAACAUGUAACGAAAAUUGUUGGAGGAUGAUAUAAAUGUUUAUAACAUGUUGAUUUAUUUCGUGGAAUAUUAUGUGUGACUGAUAGAAGAAUCAUAGAACUUGCUUAAAUAUUUUAUAUUGUAUAAUAUUAUGUUGAUUAUUAUAACCAAAAUGGUACAAAUUAAGAAAAGUUUUUUUUUUGCAUAUAUGAUCUAAUUGGUAGUUAAAUGUUCAUAAGAUAUAACUACUACCUAUGUUAAAAAUGAUAUUAAACCAACGCUAAAAAAGUUACGCAGUGUAUAAUUUAGUAUAAUAAAACAUUUUCGUUAUACCUAGAAUAUACCAGGUGUAAUUUGUACAGUAUUAUUAGCAACUAAAUUUAUUCUAUCCGAUAGAAGUGUUACAGGUUCAAUGUCUUCUGAAGAUCCGAUUGUCAGUAAUAUAGCCUAUUUUUAUGUUUCCAUUGACUAAUAUCGAAUGUUUGAGCGAUUUAAUUAAAGAAAUUAGGUAAACUCAGGGCAAUACGAUAUUCCAAUAUUGCAAGUAGUAAGAUCGUAAAAAUUUGUUCAUUAAAAUUAUCUGGCGGCCUUGGUUGGUUUUUUAAUCAAUCGUUGUUUUCUGCUAUAAGUUGACUGAUUCAUAGUUGUUCAUAGUCGUUGAACUGGAAAAAGUACAGAAAAUACUUUGCCGAUGUGGACAACACUAAAGAAGGACUGGUUUCCAUUUUAAUUGUGUUUUGUUGUAAUGUACUUUUUACAUUAUGUUCUUAUCGCUAGCCAUUUUAGAGAUACUCCGUUUUUUACUGUUCGUAUUUUUUUCCAAAUAACGCCGUUAUAGAUAAAUUGAGUUGGGAACGUUAUUUGUCCAUUAAUAAAUCACACAAUUUACAAGUUGCAAAUUAAUUAAUUAUGCUGUAUUUAGGUACCGGAUUAUUGGAAAAAAGUAUAUUAAUGCAGUAAUAACUCGAAUCGGUAUCCAAUCUUAAUAUAUAAAAAUGGAACUGCUUGCCAAUUUCCCUUCAUAUAUUAAGAUUUUGAUGUUCCUCAAAGUUGAAAAAUAAGGUAAAAGCAAGUUUCUAUGAUUUAAUGAUGAUUUAAGAACCAUGUAAUCCGUUUUGUUUUCAUUGUAUACGUUUUUAGAGAAAAUUAAAAGUCUUUGAACAAAA